AUGCUCGCGGUAAUUGGCAUUCCAGCAAUUGGCACUCUUCUUCUUCUGCUAGCCAUCAUAAGUGGAAUAUUUUUCCAUCGCUCGGAAAAUAUCUCUUAUAACCCUUGCUCGAGUAAUGUGUAUAAGGACGACUACAGACAAUUCAUCAUCAUGUAAUUGCCUUUGUUUGCUCGAUUUGCACGUUUUCUGUUUAGCGGAAUCUUCCAUUCCAUGGGGAUCGCCGGCUACUCAAUUGCUCAGCUCCUGGAAGAUUUUCUUCCGCGUCAAGUCAGUCUUCAUCUCGGCGGUUCCUUGCAGAUUCUCUCUCUGAUUCCAACUAUGGGUUAGUUGAGAACAAAGUAGAUACUCAUUCGCGUGUUCGUACUUUCAGUGUACUACCACAUUCAUGUCAUCAACUACAAGUGUCGUUGGCUCGAAGUUCGUCAUCGUGGCCACGAUGACUACCGAAGGGCCAUCUUGACGGAGGGUAUUUCCUUCUUCGUGUACGGCGUCACCUCCCUGUUUGCUGUUCUUCUGUUCAUGGCGGAAACUGCGUAUCCGGCCGGAAUAGUUAGUUCUACCUGAAAUCAUUGAAAAACAGUGCAUUACAGUACUCCAAAAUGCAAUACGAUCCGCUGAGUGGAUGGGAACUCGAAAACUACGAAAUGCUCGGAUACGUCACAGUUCGAGUCGCCACGUUUCUUCUCGGCAUGAACUUGUUCCGUGUCAUCCGGAACUGCUACCGCAUCCUCAGAACUGAGAUAGAACCGGACCAGUCGACGCAAUACUUUUUCAGCAAAUACAUUUCCAAAAAUGUUGUUCCUCACGUAAGAAAUGUAAUUCUUUUCAUACCGCAGGUUCCCAUUUUCAGUUCGUCAACGACUUCCUCACACUGUUCCUCCCUACUCAAUAUCUGAUCGUCCGUAUUGCUCCGAUAAUGCAUCUGAAUGGUGAGGUCUUUUUUUUUCCUUUCCUUCACCCUACUCCUAUUUUUCUCAUCUCAUUCAUUUUUUCAGCGUUCGACGUCCUGGCCAAGUGCCUUCUGAUUGGAAACCCUUUCGUGUUCGUCAUUAUCUACAUGGUUCAAAUUAGAUUGGCCACGAUGAAUGUGAGCAAAGAGGAGAUGCGAUGUCGAUGCUUCGUCUGUGCCGAAAAGGCGGCAAGGGCUCAAUCUCGGUCCAUCAACCUCAAGGUUAUGAGACUGGCCGGACGUCGGAAGAGAACGAACAACGAGGGAGGAGGAGCCGCGGCGGUCAUGGCGGUAGGAGGCAGCGAGCAGCCAACCGAAACCGCUCCGACAACCGAGGAGGACCGAAUUGAAGUCUCUGAAGACAAUUUGUAA